UUUACGUGGAGAAUCAGACGGUAACUGGUGACGUGGGCCAGUCUGUGUCAAUUUUCUGCCAUCAUCCUCAUCAUCACAGUUCGAAUAAAGAAAUGAAGUGGUGUAAGCUUGACGGGAAUUGCGUGAAGAACACAGGAACCUUAGAUGGAGCUUCAGUUCAACUCAACAAAACAGAUAAAAUCCUCAAGAUUAACAUGAGUAACCUGAUGAUGAAGCACACUGGAUGGCACUACUGUUCGGUGGGACAUCUACAGAUGCCUGUUCAUGUGUCUGUGACAAACAUCUCAAAUACCUUAAUACUAAGGACCAUGAAACAAGCAACCAACAAUCCAGCACCCAACAAUCCAGCACCCAACAAUACAGCACCCAACAACACAGCACCCAACAACACAGCAGCCUCUGGCAGCCUCUUAAUCCCUAAUGGAAACCUGUUUGUGUUGACUGUAUGUUUGGGAGUGAUGGUUCCAUUCGUCUGUGCUGCAGUGACUCUGAUAAUGCUGCUGAAAAAAAAAUACAAACGGAAAUCAUUUAAAGGGCAUGACCAUGCUGAAAAUAUUUAUGUCAGCAUGCGCCUUAAACCACAGUCAGAAAAGCCAAAACAAUGUGAAGAAAAAAAGGGUGAAGAAGACGAAACCUAUGUAACGAUGUCAGGAGUGCAGAAAUCCCUACAGGUGGGAUCUUGAUUUGGCCUCUGUGCUGCACUUUUCUGCCUGGCCAGAUGGAGGCAGCGUAACAAAUGGAGUACAGGCUGUUCUGACCCUCCUGCACCAGCUGAGUGGACUUCACAUUUGCCUUUGUCUUAUUAGACGACUAAACUAAACAAAUGUUAAAAAAAAUUCAAUGGCUUCUUUUAAUACAUUGUAUGACGUUUUAGUUGUUGAUUUAGUUUGGAUUGCUCUUUUGCAGUGUAUGCUGUAGACUGCUUAUAUUAACAAUGCUUUCCAACUUCAAUUUCAAUAUCUGCAUGUACAGCUCCGGAAACAAAUUAAGAGACCACUUCAAAAUGAUUGUUUUCUUAAGUAUCAUGAUGAUUUGUAACCCUGUCAUGGCCAGCCCUAUCUCCAAACCCAAAUUAAAAUCUCUGGAAUCUGAAACCAGGAGUGGCAUAAGGUCACCCAAAAGCAGUGUGUAAGACUGGUGGAGGAGAACAUGCCAAGACGCAUUAAAGCCAUGAAUAAAAUCAGGGUUAUUGAGCCAAAUACUGAUUUUUGAACUCUUCCUUAAUAGUAUUGUUAUCCUGUUCAUAAAUACUGUUUAGAAAUAUAAUUACAUGAAUUAUAUGAAUUCUGAAAGCUCUGCAUCUUUUUCCUUAUUUUGGCCAUUUCUCAUUUUUUGCUAAUAAAUGCUCUAAAUGACAAUAUUUUAUAUAUAUAUUUUUUGGGAAAUGUUGUCAGUAGUUUAUACAGAACUAAAGUGUGGGCCUAUUCAACAUCACAAAUAAAACCUGAAAAAUGGCAGCAUGCUAUAAGCCAACUAAAACUAAAACUACAAAGAACCUAGAUGACCAUGUUAAAAACAGCAAGCUAUAUUUAAUGUUUAUUGGUUUUGUCUGCAUAAUAAUAGUCAAAUUAGUAGGAAAUCAAGCGUUUCCAAUACUUUAUACUUGUAGCCACUUAACCCAUCACAAAUGUUCCAAUGUGAACAUUUAGUUGACCAAUUAAUUCUAUAUAUAUGUAUCUAUAUAAAAAUACAGCCCAAAAGGAUGCAGAUAGACUCUAAUUCAAAAUCAUGUUUUUAACUUUUUUUUAUCCACGAUGAGUAAAACUUAUACCAGAAGUAAAGGUAUAUAAUAUAAUAAAUACUAUAAGUAUGCCAAAGCAAAGACCCCAACCUAU